AUCACACACCAGCUACAUAACAGACCACUGCUUUACACAGAUCAACUACCAACACCUGAAUUAAGAGAGUAGAAUUUCCUUUUUAAAGAGAAGGAAAACCCUUGACACAGAACUUUACUUUUCAAAUUUCCAAUCAAGACAAGAGGACACAUCAUAAGGAUGGGAUCUGCUGGGGUACAGAUUGUAUGUGUGGCCCUUGGGGUCCUGGGCCUGAUCGGGGGCAUUGUGUGCUGUGCCAUCCCUAGGUGGAGAGUGUCAUCAUUUACAGGACAGAACAUUGUAACGGCACAGGAAACUGAAGAGGGCCUGUGGAUGAACUGUGUGGUGCAGAGCACGGGCCAGCAGCAGUGUAAGAGCUACGAGUCCUUGCUGGUGCUGCCAUCUGACCUGCAGGCGGCCCGCGCCAUGACCAUCAUCAGCUGCAUGGUCACCUCCCUGGCCAUCCUCAUCCUGUUCGCCGGCGCCGACUUCACCACCUGUGUGGAGAACGAGGACAUCAAGCCCAAGAUCAGCCUUGUGGCCGGGAUCGCCCUGUUGGUGUCUGGCCUCCUCCUCAUCAUUCCCGUCAGCUGGUCGGCCCACAAAGUCAUCAGCGACUUCUACAACCCCCUUGUGGCCCAGAAGAUGGAGCUGGGAACCUGUAUCUUUAUUGGCUGGGCUGCUGGGGUGCUGCUGAUUCUGGCUGGAGGCCUGCUCAUGUGCUUCAGCAGAGCCAAAUCUGGCAGCUCGGGAAGAACCGCUAAGUACUACAGCAACAGCGCCUCAGCCCCCGCCACCAACAAGAACUACGUGUAGAGCAUGUAGUACACCUCUGUAUGUUUGUACAGUGGGGAAAAAAGGAUUAAGUCAGCCACCAAUUGUGCAAGUUCUCCCA